CGUGGUCUAAUAGCUCAGCUGAGCACUGAAGCGCUAAAGUCACGCAUAUCACGUGAGGAGCGUAAAAUUUUGCCGUAGCAACCCUACCACAAUCCCGGGUCCCAAUAAACACUUCUAUCACCAUCUUAUGGGCCGUCUCCGUCGCUCGAGAGUGCACAACGCACGCAGAGACGUCCAUCGAGCGACAAGGACGAGGGCUCGAGCAAAGGACUUAGAUCAGAUUCAACUCAUUGAUCUUGAUCCCAAGAACCGAGCAGCCCUCGAGGCCCAACCUUUGGACUUCGAAAAACCUGGACUUGCUCAACAUUACUGUGUAGAGUGUGCCAAAUACUAUGAAACCGAUGCAGCACUUGGUUCUCAUUGGCGCAGCAAAAUCCACAAAAGACGAGUGAAGCAACUCAAAGAGCCGGCGUAUACUAUCGAGGAGGCCGAACGAGCCGCAGGGCUAGGGAGAGAAAAUAAACGGUCCAGUACAACAGGAGCUAUGGCGGUGGAUAAUGAUAGAUGAAGUUCCGCAGGGUUUCGUUUUGUAUUCGGAGUGUCCCUUUCCCUCCGAUUCUAAAGACUGGUCAAGAUUGUAGCUAUGGCCAAUUCUGAGAAGCGCUCACUAUGCGCUCAUGCCAUGCAGCGUCGGUGCCUUCCAGUUUCUAUGCCCGCUACAGUACUGGAAUGU